GUUCAUCCAUCGCGGGGCCGAGAGGUAUUGACAACUCCUUUCUCUCUCUUCCUCCGAUCGCUUGAUCAAACGAACCAUCCGAUCCGAGAUGUCUCCUCCUCCGUCGAAGGCGAUCGCGUCGGCGGCCGGCAUGCUGCGGGGCCGGAUAAGAGCGGCGUUGCGCACUAGGGGCGGCGACGGCGGCGAGGGGGCGGGGCGGUGGACCAGCCCGGGGACGCAGGAGCGGCCGAACGGGUACCUCUUCAACCGGACGCCGCCGCCGCCGGGGGAGUCGCGAAAGUGGGAGGACUGGGAGCUCCCCUGCUACAUCACUUCCUUCCUCACCAUCGUCAUCCUCGGCGUCGGCCUCAACGCCAAGCCCGACCUCACCCUUGAGACCUGGGCCCACCAGAAGGCCCUCGAGCGCCUCCAGCAGCAGCAGCAGCAGCAGGUCGCCUCCGAUGAGUGAUCUCCGGCUCCGAUCGCCUCCCUUGCUCGGUCCCUGGUAACGGUUUCUCCUUCGGUUCGCCUCUCUAUCUUUUUCUUUUGUGACGAUGGGAGCAAUGGGAAUUCAGAAUUAAUAAGGUCAAGGGUUGUGUAAGAUGGUGGGAUUUGGAUGGAACCCUAAGCUAUCUCUGACAAAAUUGUGCUUUUACCUUUUUUUGGCAUUUUAAGAUCGUUAUAUCUAUCUCUGAUUUUAGGGUUUAAAAACGGAUGAAUUUUAUGGUUGUUUUUUGAUACCUGAGAUGAUGCUUUAUACUGCGUAAGGUUUUGGUAACAAUGUUGAAACUUUAUCAAAUUAUAUGAAAUGAUGAUUUUGGCACUAA